UGAGAAUUUUCAUAGCCUUUAGUUGUUUUUGCAGGAAAAUAGUAACAAAUUAAUUUGCGCGAGUGAAUAUUGCUAAUAAAUAAAAGGCACCUUAAUAGAAAAUCAAUUAAAAUUUUUGUAAUUCAUAUGUUCAAUUUGGUGAGAUUUGCAGCGUAAAAUAGUGCGAUAAAAAGCGUAUAAAAUUUUGUCAAAUUCUUUUAUGCAAAUUUGUUGGUAGUGAAAGCAAUUGCUAAUGUGCAGAUGAGAGGAAAAGAUUUAGAAUAACAAAAAAAAAAAAGAAAAUUCUUUUUUUGCUUUUUAAUAUUUAAAGAAAAAAAAAAAAAUUUGAUAAUUGAUAAAUAAAAAGAAAAAUUAAUUAAAAUGCGAAUGGAUUUGCAUUUAACACACUGGAGUUUAUUGUUUGUUACAUUAAGUUGCUUCCUGUUUUACGUGUUCGCUUCGGAAAGUGCAAAAUAUGUAAAUCAAGCAGCAUCUGCAAUAAACAAUGAAGAAGCCGAUGCGCUGGCCGCAGUAGUUAAAGAUGUUAAUGAAGUUGUCGCUGAUGUACUGGGCAAUGAAAUAAGUUCUGACGAAGCUUCCAAUCAAGAGACUAUUCCAAAUCUUGAAAAGAUAGAUAAAUUAUCUCAAUCUUCGAUAUUGAUGCGUGAAUCCUCAAUUACUUCUUCUCCUUUAAUGGAGUUGGAAGAUCCCCUGAGACCCGUAAAAGUGUCUGUUGAUGUUUUGCAUAGUGAUAGUGCUAACGUAAAUAAUAUACAAAAAUUACAAAUGAAUAAUAAAAAUGAGGACUCUAUAGAUAAAGUUGAUAAAUUACGGACAGCAAAUAUUGACGAUCAGAGCAAUGCAUUGGAAGUAAAUGAUAAUGCUGAAAAAGCGUUUGAGAGAGAUAAAGAUGACAGGCGGUAAGUUUAAUUUUAUUUAAAUCUUGGCUAGCGAUAUCUUUUAUCUCAAAAUUAGUAUUGACGUAAAAUGUUAUGGAAAAUAUUUAAAAAUUCCUCUUUUUCCGCAAAUAUAAACAUUUUUGAGUUGUGUUAAAUAAAAAAUGUCAUGAUCAAUCCGAUUUUUUAGAUAUCAGGGGUAUAAUAUAUAAGUUACGCUUUCGUCUUUACCCUGCCUUUUUGCUAAAUAGUUAAGAUAUAUUUGGAACUUUUUCUGCCCCCCUCUAUCCCUCUCUCUAUCUCUAUCUCUAUCUCUCUCCCUCUGCUUGUCUCUCUCUUUCUCCAUUUGCCUUUUUAUCUAGCAUUGGUUAUAUAUCUGAGGCACUUUCCUCCAGAACAGGCCACGUUGCUUUAAAGUUUGCCUCAAAAGUUCACCAAUUAUCCCUACAACAAGUCGCUAAGCGAUUCUAUACAUUUUCUAACAUCCGUUGUUUUUGCUGCGUUGAACUUACCUUCGAUUCUUCGAUAUUGCCACCAUUUCCCGUAUGUCAAAAGUUUUUCCCAAAUUCAAAAUGUUUGCACAGGCAUCCAUUCAUAACAAAGUUAAACCCAGCUUAGUUUGAUUAAUGAGUGUUGGACUACUAUUUAAAAGAAAAGAAAAUUUAUUU